AAAGAAACCAAACAAUCCUCCAAAAGAUCACUCUUUCUUUCCUUUUCCGAUACGCUUCCUUGCCUGAGUUCUCUCCUAGUCCUACCAUACUAGGGUUCAGUUUUUGAGCCACAUUUUUCCUCUUUGAGUCCUGACCUUUUCCCUCUAAAACAAACAACGGAGUAGUAAUGUCAAAGGAAAAUGCUGAUCCAAUUCCAAAUGUCCCUAAAAUCACAGUUACAGAGGAAGAAAGAGCUCGAAUUUCUCGCAACUUCCGAGCCGCUAAGGCUCUUCUUGCUCGCAAACGCCCUCGCCUCCAUCACCAUGCCUCCCCCAGUUUUCCUCACAAAGUUGGGGAUACAAAUGGAAUUCAAACCAGCAUCAAGAGAGUUCCUCUUGCGGAGCUACAGCCAAACACGCCAUCCCCGUCUUUUGUGAAGUCAAAAGUUUGUGAAAAUAUAAGCAGUUCGUGUUCCGUGGGCUUAACUCUUGAUCGGAAAGAAUUAGUUGAUCAUAGUCCUUUAGAGAAUGACUGCGUGUUGGAUUCUUAUACAACUCCUAUGAAACAACAAGAAUGUUUUGAUUUAAUUGAUUCGGUUUCGAUGACUAGCAGCACUCUAGAUGAUGAUUUUGAUGAGUCCAUUUUGGAAGAAAUCGAUGCUUUGUGUGAGCAGAAAUCUGCUGCAAAAGCAGAAAGGCAGGUUCUAAGUUGUGACAUUGACCCGGGUAGUGAUCAUGAUGGUAAUAGUAAUGGUGAUCUUAGUGCCAGUUCGGAGUCUGUCACUGGGUAUGAGAGUGUAAAAAUGGAAGGGGCAUUGGACUCUGGGAGUGAUUUAGACCCUACAACAAAAGGGUCAGAUACUUCUCAGACUAUAGAGACUGGGAACAUGCCGGAGGAGUACUCAAAAUACUUGCAGUCUCUGAAUGAUCGGCAACGCGAAGCAGCUUGUAAUGAUAUUUCAGUCCCUUUGAUGAUUGUUGCUGGUCCGGGAAGUGGAAAGACUUCUACAAUGGUUGGGCGUGUGUUAAUGCUGCUUAAUGAGGGAAUUAGCCCGUCAAACAUCCUGGCGAUGACUUUCACUACAGCAGCAGCUUCUGAGAUGAGAGAUCGCAUUGGAGCAGUGGCUGGAAAGGCAACAGCCAAGGAGCUCACAAUCAGCACUUUCCAUUCAUUUUCCUUGCAACUGUGUCGUUUACAUGCUGAGAAGUUAGGGCGCACAUCAGAAUUCUUAAUAUAUGGGCAUGGGCAGCAGAGAAGAGCAAUCAUUGAGGCUGUGCGGCUGUUAGAAAAUGAGAAGAGUAUACAAAAUCAUAAUGCCUGCAUACUUGGUGAAGAUUCUAAUGGGAUAACGUCUCUGCAACUUUUUAAGGAUAAGUCAAAGAAAUGGCUGAAGUUUGUGGCUCAGGCUAAAGCUUCUGGAAAGACUCCUGAAGAAUGCUGUAAAAUGGGUGAUGAAAUAGGAGGUGCAAUCCUUGGGAACUACAAUGACAUAUUAAAAUCUUGUAAUGCUCUGGAUUACCAUGACUUAAUCAGCUGUUCUGUAAAGCUGCUUACUGAUUUUCCUGAAGUCUUCAAGGAGUCUCAGGAUUCAUGGAAAGCCAUUGUAAUAGAUGAGUUUCAAGACACAAGUUCCAUGCAAUAUGAUUUUCUGCGGAUUCUUGCUUCUCAUAACCGCAUAACUAUUGUUGGUGAUGAUGAUCAGUCCAUAUUUAGUUUCAACGGAGCUGACAUUUCUGGAUUUGAUUCAUUUCGCAAAGAUUUUCCAAACUACAAAGAGAUCAGACUAAAUAAAAACUAUCGAUCCACACGCUGUAUUGUUGAGGCUGCAUCUUCUCUUAUACAAAAUAAUAAAAAGCGAUGCCAGUUAAAAGAUGUUCUUACUGAUAAUUCUUCUGGAUCUAAGAUAAUCAUAAAAGAAUGUCACAAUGAGAGUGCGCAGUGUGCAUUUGUUGUUGACAAGAUCUUGGAAACUGCUUCUAAUGGUUCUGCUGCUAACUGCUCAUAUGGAAACAUUGCAAUUCUUUACAGGAGGCAGGUAUCGGGAAAAGUCUUCCAAAUGGCCUUCCGUGAAAGGAAAAUACCUUUCAAUGUGCACGGUGUAGCAUUCUAUAGGAAAAAGGUAGUCAAAGCCAUUAUUGCCAUGCUUCAAACAACAUUGCCUGCUUGUGAUGAUGGCCCAUACCAUCGGGUCUUCAAGGCUUUACUUCCUUUUGAGAAGGAGGAAAAGAAGAGGGUAAUCGACUAUAUCGACAAAAUUUCAACUAUUAGAAAAUGCAGCUUUAUAUUAGCUGCCUCGGACAUCUUUAGUGCCAAGCUUUCUGGUACCUUCAAGAGGAGUCAGCUUACCCAAGGACGCAAAGUAUUGUCGACACUAGAGAUGAUAUCAAAACUUGUAAACAGGGAACAAUCAAUUUCAGCUAUCAUAACCUCAGUGGCAAACAUGGUGCCUCAGAAAUACCUUCUUGAGCAACGGGCAGUUAUUGAUGUUGAUGGAGGAAAAUUGCUGAAUGAAGACAAUGACAUCAGAUCUGUUCUUCAGUACUUACUGGAUGACGUCUCUGAAUUUUUGUCAACUAAAUUUGUUGCUGUAGAAGGGGAUGCUAAAGUUGCAGCAGAAGGGAAAGGUUGUCUUAAUGCGCUCAAAGCUUUUAUUGAAUUUAUAUCUGAGCGUGAGAGAGAAAAUUUUCGUUCCCGGAGACAUGAUAAUGAAAAAUCCAUCACCUUGACUACCAUUCAUCAGUCGAAAGGCUUAGAAUGGGAUGUUGUUUUCAUAGUUAAGGCAAAUGAAUCUGAAAUUCCUCUGUUGCAUGAAUUUAAUGGUGUUGCAAAGGAAAACGGGAACUCAAUUGAGGAGGAAAGGCGCUUGUUAUAUGUUGCAAUGACUCGUGCUCGGAAGAAGCUUUUCAUUCUAUAUGUCAUGAUGGACUCUAAUUGGCAGAUGCUUCAACCAUCAAGAUUUCUUAAAGAAAUUCCAGAUCAUCUUCGAGAGGUUCAGGCUGAAGUUAGUGUAAAAGAUUUGCAAACAAAGCAGCAACACAUUCCAAAUAGAACUGCUCAGUUUUCUGUUGAUGUGCCAAGAGAAAAGGAACUUUCUGAAGUAGAUGUUGCAAAUGAUUUCCUAAAAACUUGUAUUCAUGAGGCUUCUGAAGAUCUGAAAGACCCAUUGGAGGCUAGCAAUGGAAAUGGCUUUUUAAGAAGAUUCAAUGUGGAGGAUAGAUCAGUUGUUUCCCACAUAUUUCAUCAAUGGGCCAAGAAGAAAGCGUUUCAAGAUCCCAAGAGGCUGCUUGACAAGGUUGGCUUUGUAAUCGAUGAACGCCUUAGAGCCAAGAAAAACAAACACAAGGAUGUUUUGAGUGCACUGAAGUCUUGCUUGAGCUGUGAUGAAGCAUUUCAAUAUGCAGAAUAUGUUUUGAGAUGGGAGCAAAUUCCUGCUGAUCAACGAGCCCAUUUGAUGCGGGAAAAGCAGGAGCAUUUCCAAAAGUUAAGGAUUGAAAAUUCAAUGGGUUCAUCAGCGGCAACAUCUAAACAGAUCUCUUAUUUGCAAAGUUUGGGAUGCACUGUCACCCCUACAUCUCGUCUCCAAGCUUCCCGUUUGAUUGAGCAGUACAAAUCAUUGUGAUUAUUGAUUUUAUUCUUAUUUCUACUUUUUUAAAGGUCAUCAUAUCUGUAAAUUUUUCUACAGUGAGGUUGUGUAUAAUGAUUUUCACCAGUUUAAUUAA